AUGUUGAGUCUGAAUCCUUUCACAUAUCAUUAUGUAAUCUUUACCAUCACACUGACGGCUUCUGCAACCUCCGUCAGCCAUGAUUGUGAUCCCAAAAAUGAAGCAGCUAUUCUCGCCAAAUUUUGUCUGAAUUAUACGUGGGCGUACACCUGUGAACUAGAAAGAAGAGCUCAAAAUGGUUCCUUUGACCCAAAUGUAACCGGAAGUAUUUUUGUGCCUCACAAUGCAAGCUCCAAUGCUGAUCACUGUGACGUUAACUGCAGCUCUGAAAAAGUUUGGAAGAGAUUUCAGAGAAGAUUAAGAAAGCACGAAGGACGUCCGACGCGAAUUGGUUGUUCCAUGGGCUAUGUUGCACUAGGAUUUAUGUGCUUGUAUGAACCCAAAUUCACACGAACAAGGCCAAAUGUUUGA